CUCAUCAUCAUCCUUCCUCACCAUCAACCACACAUCCCUCCCUCACAAUGCGUUGGAACCUGGCAUUGUUGAUGGUUCUGGCCUUAUUGGCCCUCGUCCAGCAGGUCGCCGCCUGGGAAGAAGGCGACUUUGAGAUAUUUGAUCUGGUCGAUGCACUCGAGAAGGCAGAAGGUCCCGACGUCAACUUUUAUUCAUGGAUGGGUGUCACCCAAAAGACUCCCAAGCCUGAGAUCGAGAAAGCCUUCCGCAAGAUGUCACGAACGCUUCAUCCUGAUAAGAACAAGGGCCCCAAGGCUCAGGAAAAGUACGCACGUCUGUCGAGCAUCAUCUCCAUCCUGCGCGACGAUGCCAAGCGUGAGCGUUAUAACUUUUUCCUUAAGAACGGCGUUCCUCGCUGGCGUGGAUCCGCUUAUCUGUACAGACGCCAUCGCCCGGGCUUCAAGGCCGUCGUCGUCUUCUUGGUCGUCCUGGUCUCGGGGUUCCAGUACCUGGGUCGUUAUGUCGGUUAUGUUCAGGAGAAGAGGCGCAUGGUUGGAAUGAUUGAGCAGUACAAGGAACUGUUGCGCGAGAAGCAUCAAAAGAUUUUGGAAGGCCCCAUCACCGGUCGUCAGCGUCGGUCCGGUGCCACCCCUGAGCCUGUCACACCCCUGGAGGAAGGACCCAUGUAUGCUGUCAACCAGUAUGGCGAGGAAAUUGAGCUGACCAUGGACAACAUUCACUCUCCCAAGGUCAAAGAUCUUGUCAUCUUCCGCGCGCCUUUCUGGGUUGUCAAGGGAGUUCUGAUGGUUUGCCCAAAGGGCGUGCGUGAGAGCGUGUUGGCCAUGGAUAUCUUUGAGAGCAUCCGCCCCAAGGAUGAACAAGCCGAGGCCGAUGCGAAGCGCAAGAUCCGCAAGGCCGAGUUGGCCAAGAAGAAGGCAGCCAAGCGCGCUGCUCAGCAGAAGCAGUCGCCAAGCGUCAGCGACGACGAGCCCUACCACUCAUCGGGCGAGGAGAACGAGGAGGACUUGGCUGCUCGCGCGAAGGAGGAGGAGCUUGCUGCUGCAAGGAGACGUCGCCGCAUGAAAGCCCCUGGUCAGGCCACGCUCAAAGGAGGACGACGUGGAUAGAUGAUACUAGGAGCCGAACACCAUGAUAAAUAUAUUGAUAUUUGCAGAGCAA